UCUUGUUCAUACAUUGGAAGGUAGAUUCUUAGCCGUUGGGGGAGUUCUAGUGCUGCUAGGAGCAACCAGUAACCAUGGUGCCGACGAGUACCUGGCACGGUUGCUUCUGCGGGAAAGGUCAAAGCCUAUCCAAGGCGUGUAGACUGGGCUUAGCGCUCAUCGCCAUAUCCCUCUUUUACUUAUCAAGGACGGCGACCGCGCAAGGUUGUCCACAAGUGUUAGGUUACCAGUUUUACGUUCAACGGGAAGUGGCCAACGCAUAUAAGAACUGGACUGCGCCGUCACCGUUCACAGUGACAUCGCUUUCGGCCACCUGCAAUGCGACGGCGCGUUGCACCGCCUUCAACACGCGAGGCAUGCUUAUGACGGCCCCAAUGCGGCCCGCCUUUUCAUACUUGGAUAACACCAAAGCUGGUCCUUGCGACGGCGUCUACAUCUCCAACCGCACGAUCACAGGGCUUCUCCUUCCGCCCAACACCGUGGAGGAUUUGCGCCAGGAAGCCAAAAUCAUCGACAUGGUGGCCGCGUCGACUGCAGCCAUGAGAGUUGCUGCCCAGUUGAAGACUGCAAAGGUGCCGAUUACCGCGGCCACCAUCAAGACUCCAACUUCGCAAGUCACCGCCGCGUUUGCGGCUGUGCAGACACCGCUGGCCCAAGUGAGCAACGUUACCGGCAACUACACCUAUGCCGCGGUGGCAACUGCCAUUCUGUAUCCCACCUGGGAUUCCCGGUCAGCCAACGGCACCAAUAACAAUUUAAUUUCGCCUGUUAAAGAUCAGGGAAGCUGCGGCAGCUGCGUCUCCUUCGCGGCAACGGCUGGCGCAGAGGCAGCGGUGGCAACUGCACUGAAGUCCGCCUCCAACUCCAACGACUUUUCAGAGCAAUGGUUGUUUUUUUGCAAUGGUCUCUACAACCCGACUUGUGACACAGGUUGGACCGCAGACGAGGCCGCCGACGUGCUCGCAAAGUUUAGCAUUCCCCAAGAGACCAACUACCCGUACAAGGGCACCAAGACCUGCGUCCUCAACGCCAAGCCCGAGUCUCGGCCAGCCGGCAGGUUCCAGUAUAUAAGCAUCACUAACUUGGACACGGCUAAGGAUCACAUACGACUUUACGGCGCCGUACUGACGUACUUUGCGGUGUACAACGAUUUUUAUAACUGGAGGAAGGGCUCCGCGCCGUACGUGUGGGACGGCAAGAGCGCAUUAUCGGGUUAUCACCAGGUUCUAUGCAUCGGAUACAAUGACACUGGGCAUUACUGGAUCGCCAAGAACAGCUGGGGAACCUCCUGGGGCGACAACGGCUUUUUCUUGAUGUCGUACACCAACCGAGCCGGCUUCAUGUCCGCCUCAGGCGACAAUGUCGCGGGCCUUACAUUCACGCCCACUCAGCCGCCCGCACUCAGUCCCAGUGAUGGACUGUGCAGCCCAACCCGCAAUGAGACAACAACCACGUGCUCUCGAGACUGUGCCAAGCCCAGGUCGUUCCCACCUCCACCGCCGCCGCGGCCGCCGCCACCGGAGGAACCGUCCUCCCCGGACUACGCGCCUCCAGAACAUGCCCCCCCACCCGACUACACCAACGCACCGCCACCUUCUUACUACGACUAUAGCUACGACGAGGAUGAUUACUACGCACGAUAAGAAAAAAUGGUUAU